CUCUUUCUGUAUUUUUUUUUUCUUGAUAAUUUGUGUUAAGAAGUUAUCAUAGAUAGAACAAGAAAAGGAAACAAUGAAGCAAGAGAAUGAAGAAGGAAGGGAUCUGAAGAAGCCAUUUUUACACACAGGAAGUUGGUAUAAAAUUAGUGGAAGAAGAGAAUCAUCAAGUUUGUUUGGGUCAACUCAAGCAAUUCGUGAUUCUUCAAUUUCUGUCAUUGCUUGUGUUCUCAUUGUUGCUUUGGGUCCAAUUCAGUUUGGUUUUACAGCAGGGUAUACAUCACCUACUCAAUCAGCUAUCAUCACCGAUCUUGGUCUCUCAGUUUCUGAGUUUUCUUUGUUUGGUUCAUUGUCCAAUGUGGGUGCCAUGGUUGGAGCAAUAGCUAGUGGUCAAAUUGCUGAGUAUGUUGGGCGCAAAGGGUCUUUGAUGAUUGCAUCCAUUCCCAAUAUUAUUGGUUGGUUGUUCAUCUCUUUCGCAAAAGAUUCUUCUUUUCUCUAUAUGGGAAGAUUGUUGGAAGGAUUUGGCGUCGGAAUAAUAUCUUACACAGUGCCAAUAUAUAUAGCUGAGAUAUCACCUCAAAAUUUAAGGGGAAGUCUGGUUUCAGUAAACCAGCUUUCUGUCACAAUUGGAAUUAUGCUGGCUUAUCUUCUAGGACUUUUUGUUGAAUGGAGAUUCCUUGCAAUUUUAGGAAUUAUACCUUGUACAUUAUUAAUACCUGGUCUAUUCUUCAUUCCCGAAUCUCCAAGAUGGCUAGCGAAAAUGGGCAUGACAGAAGAAUUUGAACGCUCCUUGCAAGUGCUCAGAGGUUUUGAAACUGAUAUUUCUGUCGAAGUCAAUGAAAUAAAGGCUUCUGUUGCAUCGGCAAAUAGAAGAAACACUGUUCGGAUUUCAGAACUCAAGCAAAGACGAUAUUGGCUUCCUUUAAUGAUUGGAAUUGGACUUCUUGUUUUGCAACAGCUUUCAGGGAUUAAUGCUGUUCUUUUCUAUUCCAGUACCAUCUUUCAAAAUGCUGGAAUUAGUUCGAGUGACGUAGCUACAUUUGGAGUUGGCGCUGUUCAGGUUCUUGCAACCAUUUUAACUCUGUGGUUGGCAGACAAAUCUGGUCGCCGGCUUCUACUUAUUGUUUCUUCAUCUGCAAUGGCUUUGAGUCUUUUGGUUGUUUCAAUAGCAUUCUACAUGAAGGAAUAUGUAUCACCAGAUUCUGACUUAUAUGUGACAUUGAGCCUCAUAUCGGUGGCUGGAGUUGUGGUCAUGGUUAUUGCAUUCUCUCUGGGAUUAGGCGCAAUGCCAUGGAUUAUAAUGUCUGAGAUUCUACCGAUUAAUAUCAAAGGCCUAGCUGGAAGUUUUGCAACACUUGCCAAUUGGUUCUUUUCAUGGUUGGUUACUUUAACAGCAAAUUUGCUCUUGGAUUGGAGUUCUGGAGGAACCUUCACAAUAUACACUGCAGUGUGUGUUUUCACAGCAGGAUUUGUUGCCAUUUGGGUCCCUGAGACAAAGGGGAAAACUCUUGAAGAAAUACAACAGUUUUUCAGAUGAAGUUUCCUUUCGAGUAGAACUUCACCUCAUGUAUACUCACGCGUGCACAUUCAUAUUUUUUCUUCGUCAACUCAAUUCAUUUUUGUGUUCUUUGGGCUUGUUAAAUAUGAAAAUUACCACAACAGUGUCAUUUUUUAAUCUAGCAUACUUGCAUUUUUGUUGUAACUGAUUGAUUAUAAACAGAUAAAUGAAAGAGAGUGGUUAUUAUACACAAUUAGAGUAGUAGUGGUUUCAGUUCAAGACAUUUCAAUAAGCAUAUAUCAUUACUUGUAUUUUAACAUUGAAAAGCAUAAAAAGAACCUUUAGUUGCUCUUGUGAAUUAUAACAAGCAUCUGUAUGCCAUUUUCCUCUGGACACCUCUUGUGGCUGCAACAUAACCUGAAAUGAGAAUAUGGUCACAGCUACAUGUCAUGCAUGUAAAUGCUAAUUACAAUUCGUUGAAAAUUAUUUAGAUACACAACAUGCUUAAAGUAUUGUAUACACUUUUUAUUGAAAGAUACAAACACUUGCUUUUUAUUGAAAGAUACAAACAUACUUGCUCGCGAAACCUUAAGUUUGACACUAAACACAAAUUGAAAAGCCACGCUCACCAAACACGUUUAUUUACUAGAUAUACAGUAUGAAAAUAGCAUUAAGACUAUAACACAACUAUGGGAGUAGUUCCACAGGAUACUUAUCAAUGCAAUCUUCCCAUGGUCCGUUGGGAGAAGGCUUCACAUCACGGA